AUGGAUUCGACACAAUACAGCACGCUCACUGUCGCACGCGGCUUUGCAUACAACGUAUAUUACACUUCACCAGCAACGGAGGGCAGACCAACGCUGCUGUUCCUCCACGGCUUCCCGUCCACCUCAUACGACUGGCGCAAGCAGAUAGUGCACUUCAAGGCGCAUGGCUUCGGCGAAACAUCCAAGCCUACGAACUCGAAGGCCUUCCGCCUUGGUGCGCUUGCACAGGACGUCGUUGAUAUUCUUGACGCAUUUGGUCUCCGCAAGGUCAUCGGCGUCGGACACGACUGGGGCAGCAUACUCAUGUCGCGCCUGUCGAUGCUGCACCAAGAGCGCUUCAGCGGUCUCGUGUGGCUCGGGCUCGGCUUCUGCGAGCCAAUCGUGCGCCCGUUUGACCUGCAGGGCGCCAUGACAGAAACGAAGGCCGCUUUCGGCUACGAGAUGUAUGCGUACUGGGAGUUCUUCACGCAGCCAGACGCUGCGCAGAUCAUUCAUCAGAACGUCGACAGCUUCAUCCAGCUGGCGUAUGCACGGGACCCCACGACCUGGCUGACGUGGAUGAUCCAGCGCGGCAAGACGGCGGAGUGCAUCGAGAACAACGUCCUGCUCGGACGCCCAGACUGGAUUUCUGAUGAGGAGUACGACAUAAUGAGGCAGCACCUCCUCACACACGGCGUCGCCUCUUCUCUGCUGUGGUACGUCAACCAGGUCGUGAACAACGACCUCGAGGAGAACCUGAAAAUUCCCACGGACGCGUACACGAUCAAGGUCCCCUCUCUCUUAGUUGGCGCGUCCAAGGACUGCUUCUGCAUCGAGUCGUUCAAUCUCACGCAGAUGCAGAAGUAUGCGACGGCCCUCCAGACUGCGAGCGUCCCUGCGGGGCAUUGGCCCCAGCUUGAGUGCGGGGACGAGGUCAACAGGAUUAUAGAGGAGUGGCUCGCAAACGUCCCGAUGUGAUUACUCGUAAUGGCACCUAAGCGACUCAUUGCAGGAUGCAGUAGGGGCUCAGCGCUCAUGAUUGAGAUGAACGUGGCGCUACCGCAGCUACUCUUGCAGGAUUGCGCCACGCUCAAGUCUCAUACAUAAAAUUUGAUAUCUGCGGACCAGGAAAGACGUAGUUUUUUGUCAAUGGUCUGGCGGCGAAGGGUAUCUAUCGUUAUCACCUGUGUAUACGCGUACCACAA